AUGAGGAGGAAUAGUAUUGCCAGCCGGGAUAUCAGUGGAAUGUCGGUUCAAGCUUGUAGGAGUAAUAGUGUUAAAAAGUUUGCUGAAAUGGUUGAUAAAGACAUUGGCAAUGUCUUGCGCCUCCACCACCUCUCCAUCCAACGCCCGCAUCCGGCGGACCUACCUCCGCCUCUGCCGGUCUACCCACAUGCCAACUCAAUCCCGGGUGCCAUUGUCUCCUCAUCGCCCACAUCUAGCUCUAGACGUUGGAAAGAUUUAUUCAAAGCAGUCAGAGAGCAGAAGCCUGAAUUGAAUGAAAAGAAGAAGGAGCGCAGGAGCCGUAGCAACGGCUCUUCCGACCUUAACAUCAACCUCAACAUCUGGCCUUUCUCACGUAGCCGCUCCACCGGCAACACCGGGGCCCGGCCCCGCUCAGCUUCCCGCAAGAUUAGCAGCGCCCCCUGCUCCCGGAGCAAUUCCCGCGGCGAGUCCCCCGGCAGUCGAAGGCGGGCUGCUAGCCCUAGCCGAAGUGGGGUCCAUCUUGGCCGGUCAAGCCCGGUCUGGCAAUUUCGACGAACCGGGAUGGGGCCGAAAGAUAAGGGAACGAAGUCCGGUCCAACCACCUCCACGCCCGCCCACCCUGCUGCCGACGGCGGAGUACAGGCCCUUAAUUUGAACGUGAACAGCUGCAUUGGGUAUGGGAAUCAGGUGAGCUGCCGGGAUGAGGACAGCGAUGGACUCACCAGAGGUGCUCGCACGGCGGAGGUUAACGGAGGCAAUGGAACAAUGUUCAGUUUUAGAACUCUAUUCUAUAAGAAAGUUUACUGA